GUGAGCAUAUAUAAAGGGAACAAUGAUUUCAAGUUUUCAAUCAUAUCAGAUAGUGAAAUAAGAGAAGACUAAAAAAGAAUGGCAGAAUUUUUCAUUAAGCAAGCACAACAGUAUUCAGAGGGUAGGCCAAGUUAUCCUGAGGAAUUGUUCAAUUUCAUAGCUUCAAAAACACCUUGUCAUGAUCUUGUUUGGGAUGUUGGCACUGGUAGCGGCCAGGCUGCUAAAUCUUUAGCUAAGCUCUACAAGAAUGUAGUAGCCACAGACACAAGUCCAAAGCAGCUUGAAUUUGCAGCAAAGGUUCCGAAUGUUCGAUACAUAUGUACCUCUUCCAUGAUGUCAAUAUCCGAAAUCAAAACAAAAAUAGGAGCAGAGUCAAGUGUAGAUUUGGUGACAAUUGCACAAGCAAUGCAUUGGUUUGAUCUCCCAACUUUUUAUCAACAAGUCAAAUGGAUACUCAAGAAAGCAAAUGGAGUAAUAGCAGCAUGGUGUUACACAGUGCCAGAAGUAAACAGCUCAGUGGAUGCAAUUUUUGAUAAAUUUUACACUAUUGAUGCUGGACCUUAUUGGGAAUCGCCAAGAAAAUUGGUGGAUGAAAAGUACAAAACUAUUGAUUUCCCAUUUGAGGCUGUAGAUGGUUGUGAUCAUAAUGGACCAUUUGAGUUCAAGAUUGAGAAAGUGAUGGACUUGGAUUCUUACUUCACAUACCUGGGGUCAUGGUCAGCUUAUCAAAUUGCAAAAGAAAAGGGUGUUGAGCUAUUGACUGAUGAUGUUGUUGACAAAUUCACAAGUGCUUGGAAUGAAGAUGGUGAAAGCCAGAAAACUGUGAUUUUCCCAAUUUACUUGAGGAUUGGCAAAGUUGGAAAUUUGAAUUGAAAAUGAAAUCAGUACUUCAGUUAUAUCUACAAUUUGAUCAUCCAUUUUGAAUUGUCUGCUGGUUGUUAUCUUUUAAUAAGGCAUUUUAAUAAGUACUACUA